GUUGCGCAUGUUCUCAAGCUUCUAGGUAGUUAAGUCUUAUACACAUUAGUUUAAGUCGUCAUAAAACCUCCAAGUCUUACAAUUGUUAGUGGUGUGUAAAAUUAAAUUGGAUGAUAUAUAUAUUUAAUGUUAUUAACUUAACUAUUUAAUAGUCACUUAACAAUAGACAUAAUUUUUUUUUAUCUAAAACCAAAAGUGUCUUUGUAGAAAUAGAUUAUCACAUGUACAGGUGCUCAAUUAGAACAAACUGUCUCAAAACGUCAAUUUUCUGUUUCUUUCCAAAUUCUACACUUCAUGAUGAAUCAUUUAUAUUACAUAGACCUCUAAAGAUACAUUAUUCCAAAUUCCUCCUCCACUUGAUAAAAAAAAUUGGAAUUGAACCAAAGUUUGGUAGACUCCAUAGCAUGGGCAUGGGAAUUGAGGGUCGUCAAGUUUUGGUAAUUCUAGUGGUUUUGUAUUUGUUACAACUAAGUUCAAAUUAUUGUUGUGAGAGUUGUACAGUUAGAGUUUCUGGGGAAGUAGAGAAGGUAAAAGUAGACAUUUAUUAUGAGACACUAUGCCCGAGCUCAGCCAAAUUCAUAGUGGAUAAUCUGCCCAAACUUUUUGACAGUGGACUCAUCCAUGUUACACAGCUCAAGCUUUUUCCAUAUGGCAACGCUGAUGUUUUUAAUGGAACCAUCUAUUGCCAGCAUGGAAAACUGGAAUGUUUGUUGAACACUGUACAGGCUUGUGCGAUAGAUGUGUGGACAGAUUUGAACAAAUACUUGCCUUUCAUUAACUGUAUGGAAAACGUGGUGCUGGAAAGUUUUGUGUACAGAAGGCAGUAUCCGCAGUGGAAAACAUGUUAUGAAAAGCUGAAAUUAGAUUCAACGCCUGUUACUGAUUGCUUAAAAAGUGCGCGAGGGAAAGAGCUGGAACUCUUUUAUGCUGCUGAGACACAAGCUCUUCAACCUCCUCACACAUAUGUUCCAUGGGUUGUUGUUGAUGGCCAACCGCUUUAUGAAGACUAUGAGAACUUCAUAAGCUACAUUUGUAAAGCUUACAAAGGAACUGCAGAAGUCCCAGCUUGCAGUACAUCUCUUAAUGUAAUUCAAAAGGCUAGUAAUAUUGAAAGUGCAUUAUUAUAAGUCUACAAGUUGCUCUUUACCCUGUCCAGUGAUGCUGGGAUUUUGUGAAAUUACACGGUAAUUACGAGAUGCAGAAGUUUGUGAAUCCUGUUGUAAAAGCAAUUCCAUGAAUAUGAUGCUAUGCUAGCUAUAUAACAGAAAAAUACUGUAAUGUAUUAUUGCAUUGAGAGAUAGUUUGCUUGAUUGUAAUGUAUUACUAAUUGGUUGAGUAUAAAUACUACUAUCAAAUAUGGCCUUUGAAAA